AUGGAGGUUCGGUACUCAGGCUAUGUGUAUGUGGACCAAGCGACCAACAUUCUCUGUGCCAACACAACUUACGCGCCGAUUCUUCCACCUUCCGAGGAUUCCACAAUCUACGUCGAUGGCUACUGGGGUCGCAAGGACACUUCGCUGUACCCCCAACGAUUCGACCACCACGCACCUUGGCUCCUCUACAUCCCCAUCUCCCACGAAGUUCUUCGACGACCUCUUCUUCCCGAAAAUCGGCGCAACCUCUGGACUGCAGGCAUGCUUCGUUCGGGGAUGAAAUCGACGCCUCUCAUGUCGCCCCUCGAGAGUAUCCUGGGCCCGCUUCGCGAGAAGCGCAACUCGAUGAAGCAGACGGUUCCGAAAUAUUUUCGUCUGGUCCUCGAGCGUCGCACCCCAUUAAACCGUGAUGUCUGUGACUCCGAUCUCCCUUCAUUCGUCCUCGAGCGAGAGUUCCAGUUCUUCAACAGGCUCGUGGCGGGUGUUUAUGGCUGGGAGCAGUUCAUGCUGGUUAUGCGAGCUCACAAGCGUGCCAUGGUCGAGCUGAACGCAUUCCUUUUCUGGGCGCAGGAUGUGGAGUCAUAUCCGAAGCCUGUCUGUGAUCAUUGCAAGCGCUCUUUACGAGGGUCCAUCUUUUCUAUGGUUGACAGCGACGUCUUCCUUGCCUUCGCCCACAUGACUGCCCCAGUUUAUCUCAUCUCUACGGACAUCAGGAAAUCACAUUUUUGCUAUAUAGAAGCACACCUUCCUAUUUGGAAUUUGGCUGAGUUGAUAGCCGGUGCCUGCCUGUCAUAG